GAAAAUCCAAAUAUCUUCUAAGUCGUGAUCUCCUUAAGACAGUUUAUGAUACAUGGAAACUAAUGUGAUAAUUGAUUAUGUUAUUAUAAGAGAUUAAUUAAGUUGUUUAUCAAAAUAAACAUGUUUGCAGCAACAAAAAGUUCGCGUCAAAAUCAGCAGCGGAAUCAUUUAACCAGCAACAGAUUUAACUACAUCAAUCUGAGUAAUGAGCUCAACCAAACACAGUCGAUGUCUUCAUCUAUUACAACAAUGGCAAAACCGAACCAUGAAAGAAACAAAGCAAAUCCACGCUCAUACCAUAACCAAUGGCCUCGCUCGUUUCUCAUACAUCUCCAGCAAAAUCUUAGCCUGCUUCGCUCUCUCACCACGCGGCGAUUUACACUACGCAGAGACUCUUUUCACUCACAUGCCCAAUCCCAAUCUCUUUGAUUACAAUUCCAUGAUCACCUCUUACACCACAAACUCACAAUUCCACAAAUCACUCUUCUUUUUCACCAAAAUGCUCAACACCAACGUUCGUCCAAACUCACACACCUUUACCGCGAUCAUCAAAUCAUGCGUUUCACGUUCUUCUCUCGAACAAGUCUUUGCUCUAUCGAUGAAGUUGGGGGAUUCGUCUGAUGUCUAUUUCGUGAGUUCUGUUGUAAGCGCGUUUUCGAAACACGGUGAGAUAAACCUCGCUCGUCAAGUGUUUGAUGAAAGUUCUAACAGAAACGUGGUUUGUUGGACGAGUCUUGUUAGCGGUUAUUGCAGUUGCGGUUUGGUUAAUGAAGCGAGGGAUUUGUUUGACGAAAUGCCAAAUAAAAACGACUCGUCGUUUAGUGCAAUGGUUUCGGGGUAUGUUAGGAACGGUUUUUUCAAUGAAGGAAUUCAACUUUUCCGUGAGUUGAAGAAGAAGAUGGGUUUAAGUUUUACACGUGUGAAGCCCAAUGGGCCUCUUUUCGUGAGUGUUCUUAACGCGUGUGUAAUGGUGGGUGCUUUUGAAGAAGGGAAAUGGAUUCAUUCUUAUAUUGAGGAAAAUGGUUUGGAAUAUGAACUUGAACUUGGAACUGCGUUGAUUGAUUUCUACGUGAAAUGUGGAUUGGUAAAAGACGCAGAACAAGUAUUUGAUAAAAUGUCUGUUAAAGAUGUUGCUACUUGGAGUGCUAUGAUUUUGGGUUUGGCUAUUAAUGGGAAUAAUAUUAUGGCCUUGGAACUGUUUAAAAAGAUGGAGAAGGUUGGACCAAAACCUAAUGAGGUUACUUUCAUUGGUGUUCUCACUGCUUGUAAUCACAAAAAUCUGUUAGGUGAAGCGUUACGGUUAUUUCGAAUUAUGAGUGAUAAAUAUGGCAUUACACCGUCUAUUGAACACUAUGGAUGUGUGGUUGAUGUUUUGGCACGAAGUGGACAAGUAAAAACGGCGUUAACUUUCGUUAAUAGUAUGCCGAUGGAACCUGAUGGAGUAAUAUGGGGGUCUUUGCUCCAUGGAUGUUUGAUGCAUGAUCAUUUUGAAUUGGGACAGAAAGUUGGCAAGUAUUUGAUAGAGUUUGAGCCUCAACAUAGUGGUAGAUAUGUUCUUUUGGCGAACAUGUACGCGAAUGUGGGUAAGUGGGAGGGUGUUUCUGAGAUAAGAAAACUGAUGAAAGAUAGGGGAGUGUUAUUCAUUUCUGCUUGGAGUUUCAUUGAAAUUGAUCAAACUAUACAUAAGUUUGUUGCUGAUGAUAAGAAUUGUUUGUAUUCAAGAGAAAUAUAUGAAGUGUUAAGUCACCUCGGAAAGAAACUUGAGGAAUUUUCAGGAGACAAUGAUGCUCUUUUUUUAUUUGAAAUUUGAAACAACAACUUAUUUUGUAAAGAUUUUAGAUAAGAAUUGUAAAUUUGUAUAUGAACAUUGGAACAUUUUGUAAGCGUAAGCAUUUUGAAGGAUUAGAAAAUUGUAAAUAAUCCAGCAAAUGCAAGAUGGCUGUUCUCUUACAUUCAUGUGUUUAAGGUGUCAUUCUUUA